AUGCCCAAACAUCGGAAAUCCCGCCUCGGGUGCAAAGAGUGCAAAGAGCGCAAAGUCAAGUGCGACGAAUCGAAACCCAUCUGUAUUCGGUGUAAGGGCGUAGGGAGAGUCUGUUCAUAUCAAGAACUGGUCAGCAACAUUCCGACGCCGAAAUCUCAAGCGUCGGCUACCUCGCCGCUACCGUCAUCAACGCCGGCUCCGAGUUUCCAUCACGGCAGCAUCCGAGGACGCGGAUCAAACCUAGCUUCGUAUCCGACUACGCCAGCUUCGAUUUCAGAUGAUGCUGCCGCCGCCACCGCCGCCACGUCCAUAGACCCGCGGCUACUCCCCGAGUCAUUCUUCUCGGAGACCUUCAGCUUGUUCCACUUCGAUCUACUUCUCCACUUCAGGGGCACGUUGACCGACGUCAUGAUCAGUGUGCAAACUGACAUGGAACGCAUGCUGCACCUGACAUACACCGAAGCCCUGAAAGCCCCCUACCUGAUGGACCAAGUGCUCGCCUUUGCCGCCGCUCACAGGAGCGUGGUGGCGGUUGAGGGAGAGACGAGAGACUUGUACCAAAACGAAGCAACCCGGCUGCAGGCGAGGGCCAUUAGCAAGCUGGGCCUCGGCGGCGUGCAGGUCACGGAAGCGAACGUCAUGGCCCUCUUCUGCUUUUCCCUCCUGAUCGGCCAGCAGACCCUUUUCGACGCCUUCUCCGCCGCCACGUCCAUCCCGACCGUCCUUGACAAGCUCGUCCAGUGCCUCACGCUACAUCACGGCAUCCGUGUUAUUGUGGCCGAGUCCAUGGAGAAGUUUAUGACGCUGCUGCAGAAGUACUUGCCCCACGAUCCCAUCUACGCGGUCACGGAUGUGACAAAUCUGUCCCACGGCAGCGAGUGUGACAGUCUGCUCCAUCGGCUGGCGGACAGCGAGAUGAACGAGCAGAAUAGGGGUGUCUACGUAGAGGUUGUCAAGAUACUGCAGUAUCUCAUUGACUCGGUGCGAUCGGACGACAAGCGCCGGUACGUCGUCAUUCAGGAGUGGCCGGUCCGCAUAUCCCAGGAAUACAUCGCGCUGUUGCAGCAGCGCAGGCCGGAAGCUCUCAUCAUUCUAUCUUAUUACGCCGUAUUACUCCAUUGGGCCAGGGCUUAUUGGACUGUGAGGGACUCUGGGAGGUUUCUGAUCGAGGCCACUUCCCGUCACCUUGGGUCUUAUUGGGCAGACUGGCUCGAAUGGCCCAACCAAGAGUUGAGCGUUGGGGUAGACGAGGGAUCAUGA